CCGUCCGACACAGCCACGAACUGCAGCUACUCAAGGCGCCGCGCCCGCUCAGCCCUCCCUCGCAGGAAGGCGAGCCCCGCGGGCGUCCAGCGGGCGAUGCCUGCUGGGACGGAUGAUCCUCGAGAGGUCCCGAGGCGGCCGUCCCGCGGAGCACGACGGGAACUGCAGUUCUUUGCCGUUUAGUCGGAGAAAGCGCGCGCAGUCCCGGCUCUACAGCUGCACGCUGAGGCGGGGGCUUUUCCUGCGGGGCCUCUGCUCCGCCCUUCAAAGAUGGCGGCCCUGGCUGUAAACAAGGCUGGGGCCGGGCCGGACGGCAGCCGUGGAGCCAGUAAUAACCGGGGUCCGACCGGCACCGCCGUGAAGGUUCUUGAGUGUGGAGUCUGUGAAGAUGUGUUCUCUUUGCAAGGCGAUAAAGUUCCUCGGCUGCUUCUGUGUGGCCAUACCGUCUGCCAUGACUGCCUGACCCGGCUUCCCCUUCAUGGUAGGGCUGUCCGCUGUCCUUUCGAUCGGCAAGUUACUGAAUUGGGAGAUUCUGGUGUCUGGGGAUUGAAAAAGAAUUUUGCAUUGUUGGAACUCUUGGAACGUUUGCAAAAUGGGCUUCCUGGACAGUGUGGGGCAGCAGAAGAAGCCAUUGGUCUAUCUGGAGAGAGUAUCAUUCGCUGCGAUGAAGAUGAAGCCCAUGUUGCAUCUGUUUAUUGCACUGUUUGUGCCACUCACCUGUGUGCAGACUGCUCUCAGCUUACUCAUUCUACAAAGACGCUAGCGAAACACAAACGUGUACCUCUUGCUGAUAAGCCUCAUGAGAAGACCAUGUGCUCCCAACACCAAGUGCAUGCUAUUGAGUUUGUUUGUUUAGAAGAGGAUUGUCAGGCCAGUCCUCUCAUGUGUUGUGUCUGCAAAGAGUAUGGGAAGCAUCAAGGUCAUAAGCAUUCUGUCUUGGAACCAGAAGCAAACCAGAUUCGUGCAUCCAUUUUAGACAUGGCCCACUGUAUAAGAACUUUCACAGAAGAAAUCUCAGAUUAUUCCAGAAAAUUAGUUGGAAUAGUUCAGCAUAUAGAAGGAGGAGAACAAAUUGUUGAAGAUGGACUUGGAAUGGCCCAUACAGAACACGUACCUGGGACUGCAGAGAAUGCUCGCUCAUGUGUCCGAGCCUAUUUUUCGGAUCUUCAUGAAACCCUAUGUCGUCAGGAGGAAAUGGCUCUUAGUGUUGUUGAUGCUCAUGUGAGAGAGAAGUUGAUUUGGCUUAGACAACAACAAGAAGACAUGACUAUCCUAUUGUCGCAGGUUUCAACAGCUUGCCUUCAUUGUGAAAAGACUUUACAACAGGAUGACUGCAGGGUAGUGUUGGCCAAACAGGAAAUUACAAGACUGCUAGAGAUGUUACAGAAGCAGCAGCAGCAAUUUACAGAACUUGCAGAUCACGUACAGCUGGAUGCUAGUAUACCUGUCACUUUUACAAAGGACAACAGGGUACAUAUUGGACCAAAAAUGGAAAUUCGAGUUGUCACACUAGGAUUAGAUGGAGCUGGCAAAACAACUAUUUUGUUUAAGUUAAAGCAAGAUGAAUUCAUGCAGCCAAUUCCAACAAUAGGUUUUAAUGUUGAAACAGUAGAAUACAAGAAUCUGAAGUUUACUAUUUGGGACGUAGGAGGAAAACACAAGUUGAGGCCCUUGUGGAAGCAUUAUUAUCUCAAUACCCAAGCAGUGGUGUUUGUUGUUGAUAGUAGUCACAGAGACAGGGUCAGUGAAGCACACAGUGAACUUGCAAAAUUAUUAACAGAGAAGGAAUUACGGGAUGCCUUGCUCUUGAUCUUUGCUAAUAAACAGGAUGUAGCAGGUGCACUUUCAGCAGAAGAAAUUACGGAACUGUUGAGUCUCCACAAACUCUGCUGUGGCCAUAACUGGUAUAUCCAGGGUUGUGAUGCUCGAAGUGGUACAGGACUUUUUGAAGGACUAGAUUGGCUUUCAAGGCAGUUAGUGGCUGCUGGUGUCCUGGAUGUGGCUUAAGAUAAGUUUGUAGUUCACUAUUUUGCUGUGUUUGCAUGAUUUAGGAUUUUGUAACCAAGUCUGUUGUCUGAAGAGCAGACUUCCUUUAACUUGGUGGUUACAGAAAAAUUUAAGACUUCAUGCAAGUGUGGAUAAUUGUUUCAGUAAGCUUGUGCAGUUAGUCUUUUUGAAACUUCAUAUGUGUACAAGUAGUGAAAUCAGCUAGUUACAUGAGUGCCUUGAAAUUCUUUUUGGUGGAAUUAGCUUGUUAAAAUUUUAAAUUCUUACGAAGUAUGUUUGAAUUUAUUUAAUAUUCAUAACAACAUUACAGUAGUUGAUGUCAGAAACAUUUUGAAUGAUUCAGAAAUGCUUUCCCAAGAAACUAUUCCAAAAUUCAUAGCAAACUAUUAGAAUAGCCAGCUCUGACCGUAAGCCAGAAACAGGUGAUGCUUCUCUUACAUCAAAGAAAGGCAUUCAUCUAAAGCUUGUGUUGGAAAAUUACAUCCAGAUACACUGCUAGUGGUAAAUGUGCCCUGCACUAUUUAUUGACUUCCCUGUUGCUUGCUGUAAGGAAGCAUAACAGGGCAAAGAAAAUUGAGAAUGGGGAACAGUGUUGUAGUACUGUGCAGCCAGAUGGCAUUGUUUAGCUGGCUGUUUCCAAGGGGAUUUUUUAGUGCUUUUUUAUAAGUGUACACAUGCUAAAUUAUUUAUGGAUAGAAUAGAGUGAUAUUAAGUUGAAAAUGUAUUGUCAAUGCUUGAGGACAUAAUCUGCCUUCAAAGAUUAAUUUUACUCCUCAAGAAGACAAAGUUUAGAAAAAAACGAACCACAAAACUCACACCUUUUUGAAGAAGUAGUGUGGUGUAAUAUCAGUCCAUCUGUGUACUCUUAUGUAGAAGUCAAGCCUCCAGAUAAAGGUAAUGGCCUUUCCUUAUUAGACAGCAUAAUGAAAAAAGCAUUCACUAAUUACAACCUUUACAAGAUCAAAUGGCAAAAUAUGAUGUGAACAUUCUGCGUUUAGAUUAAUUCUUACUCCAUGUUCCACAUUCAAGUGUUAACUAGUGUCUUCAUUUUCAAAGGUCAGUCAUUCAUAAGCUCGUGAAAUGCAGGUGUAACACUUUAAAUUUAGAAAAGGUUAUGAUCACUUAGUGGCAUCUUCCUUUUCUGCUACACAUACAAUUCAGGUAACAAUUUUUCUUCUGACUGAUAUACAUAGAAAAAUCUCCUGGCCUCCUCUUCUAGUACGCAGUUCUUGCCCAUUGAAGAAACCAUGUCCAAGACUCUCUUUAUGUCAAUAGGAGAGCUAGAAAGAGCAUAGCCAAUAGAUCAAAAGUGGAUAGUGUCAUUUUUCUUACUGCAGUAGGGGUGAAUGAGAAGAACCAGACAGUGGAAGUGAUCAGCAUUGUUUUACAGAUAGGUAGAUGGAAUUUUCUGUCACAGAAAAAACAUGCUGACCUGUGAACCUCACCCAGUAAAGAAAAUUUAUUUCACAAUCUAUUAUUAUGGCUUUUUUUAUAUUAUUAGCUGCUUAAUGAUCUUUUCCCACUACAUACCUUAGGUAAAGCCAAGAAUGUGUAUAGUAUACUUGCACUUUUAUUAGAGAGGAAGCAGCUAAAGCAGCUACUUCCACAUAAGAACAAAUGUUGUUAGUUUUCUAAUUUCUUGUAUCUCGUGUAAAAAACAAAACAAAACAUUAAUUGUAGCUUCAGUUUAAGCAGGUCAAAUGACUUGGAAUGGUAGCUGAAAGAACACUAAGCUUUAAAAUAGAAGAAGUUUGUGAAAAGGGCUUCAGUGCUUGUAUAGGUGCUAAGAAGGAGUAAUAACUCUUUCUACAGUUAACCUGAUAAAUCUAGCAGAUAAUCUAACUGGAUAAUCUAGCAGUUAAUCUGAUAAGCCUGAUAAAAAUAGUUUACAAUGGGCUGAAAGAUGUUUUAUCUGGCACCAAGCUGAAAAUUGUUCCUCCUUUGCAGCCUGUAAGUUAUUGCACAGUAUGGUGCUGACUGCUCCAGCAUCUACUCAGCCAGAUCUAGUUAGUGCCGACUGUCCCUUUAUAGCUCUCUUUUUAAAGUACGAACAAGUUCUGCUAAGUGUGGUAGGUACCUUUUCCUGGAAUACAGGGAAGACAUCUGUUGUUUAGAAAAAACUUGAACCUGUAAUUAUAGUGGGCAUAUGCUGGUUUUACAUUCCCUUUGAACUCUUGAACUAUGAUUCUAAAUUACUGCUUUAAGAUGUUCAAAGUGAGUUCUUGUUUAUUGUGUUGUGGUGUUUUUUUUUUUUUUUUGUUAAGAGUAUAUUUGAGGGCACAGGAAAAAUACUUGUACAUCUUUUUGAGCACAAAAGAUGGCUUGCUUGUGAUGUGUGGAAUAUUACCAUAAAGUGUUUUUCAGUGGAAUUUAUUUAAGGUGACUUCAAGUAACUGUGAAGGUCCUGCACUUGUCUGUGAACUCUUCAGUGUAAACUGGUGCACUAAGAGGUUUAUCUGUAUUAUAAGUUAAUACUAUAUAUAAACUGCUUCCGUUACAAAUUUAAGCUUGUUUCAGCAGUUCUCUAGAACUUGAGUUUUAGUGUACUGACUCGCACAAUGGAGGAUUUCCUCAACUAGAACUUACUCAAGCAUUACUAUGAGGAUUAUUUGGAAAGACUGAUUAAUAAUUUGCUGGAUUUUGGCUUAUUUGUGAAAUUCAGUGAAUGCAACAUCCAGUGACAAUGUUGUGGCUUUCUUUAAAGAAUCCUGGCUCAGUAAUAGUGUGCUUAGGCUAACAGGAAAAAUCACGGUUUAUCAUAUCACAUGAUGUGGUGAUACUGUAUGCUGUCUUCAAACUUAUUGUGGAUUGUGUGAUACUUGAGGAUUGUAUUCUGAAAUAGUUUAAUUUCUGAACUGUUGGAUGUUAAAUAAUUUUUGAAGAGAAAGGACUCUUUUAAUGGAAAUAAUUCAUGAGCUGCUGCUGCAGUCUGAGUUGCC